UCUUUCGUAGGGUAGGUAAAAUAGACCCCCAUAUGUGUUUAUAUAAAUAUGAUAUCAACUAAUGUAGGUCAAUUUCACACGGCGAUAUCGCAUGCCCUGACGAAAUGAAUUUUAAAAAUCUGCCAUUCGUGUGGAAGAGGAAGUCAUCUGCAAGUGUAUUUAAAGAACCUGCCUCAGUCUUGCAUAUCAAAGAUGGAGGAUGAUAGAGAUCCGUAUACUCAUCCCUCCGUGGGAGAGGAAACUGAUACAGAUCUGUAUCUUCCUAUGCGUCCUAAACUAGAGAGAGGAUCUAUCCUUGUCAUACACACACACGAAGGCGAACCAAUCGCUGAAUUCAUUAAGAAUAAUCUAGAGAGAUUUAAUGAUCAGUUCCAUAUCAAUGUCAGUACAUGUGAUGUCAAUGAAGUAGAGAGCAGAAAUUUGGCUUACCAAGUAACCAUUCUUUUGAUAACCAAAGAGACCAUAUCCCAUUUGGAAUCAAUCACAGACUCGCCAUGUCCAUCUCUUCAAUUUCACACGAACACGACCUGUGCUUUCCUGGUUCACGAAUCUGUUUGUAUUGAAGAUGAACAUGUCAAGACGGUGUUGGAAAACAAGAUUCCGAAUUUUUCUGUUUGGAAACCCCUGAAAAUCCAAUCUGUGAGAUCUACAGUGAUUGACAUUGUGAAUUUGCUGGAUCAAACGGAGGAGUCCUUCCCGCCUACUUUGCAAUACCACCUAGAGCCGAACUACAUCGUAACAGACAAAACUCAAGUCUUUAUUCUGUUCAAAUCUGAGAAAAAGAUGACUUCUUCGGUGGUUGUGCAUGUAGACAGAAAGAAGAUGGAUACCAGGCACCUCAAUGCUUAUACAUACUCUUUUUGCCCAAACGGCUUGCCAUAUGGAAAAAAUCCAGUGAAUAUCUUCGUUGAUGGAAAAUCUGUGGGUACAACGAAUCUAACAGUCGGAAACAAGAUGGAUUUCCUUUACGAAGAAAUCGAAGACCUUCAUAAUCCAGUGGAAUUUCUCUGCCAGUCACUGAAGCUUUCCACAAGUAACAGAGAACAAUUGGAUAGGGAAUUGGGAGACAGAAUAAAUGAUCAGGUCAUCGCCAAUUUCGGAUUCAUGAAUGGUCUAGAUCAACGGUUUUCUUGGCGUGACCAAAAGGUUAAUACAGAACUACCGACAAUGCUUCAUUUUGGAGCCAAAUUUGGAUUGGCCUGUUUCUGCAAAGUUUUGAUGAAAGUUCCUGGUUUUCAAAUUGCCCAAACCAUCCGGAAUAAAGACAAUGAAAUACCAAGUCAAAUAGCUCAAAGAAUGGGGUUCAGCGAACUCUCAAGAGAAUUAGAUGUUUCACAGUUCAUGUCAUCUAAUUACAGUCUGGCAAGAUUGAAUCGCAGCGUCACGGGAAGCCCGCCACUGCUUCCUAGGAGCAGACAGAGAAGCGCAAGUGAUCGAACCGACAGCGAGAGCUCGUUUGUGUCAAUACGUUCUUGUGAAGAAAGAACACAGAUCCACAGAAGGAGGAAUGAAUCAGGUUUGUUCAGAAUAUCAGGACAGUCCAGGGACAGCGGCAUUUCAGCUAGAUCCGAUGUGUUUGAAGGAUUUGAUUCAAACGUGCUUGAAGAAAUGGACGAAAGGAGUAGCCAAGAAAGACUGCGACAACGAGUUAGCAAGGAAUUACCCGAAGGGCCAUUUCCCGCUUUCUAUGGUUCUAGCACACGAAUGUGAGAAAGACAGACAUUCUACAGACUUACUACUGCAUUUAGAAGUCUGUGACCUCUACAGUCAUGAAGUUCAUUACGAUGUAUUCUUGCCAAAGUUAACUGUUUAUUACAGGAUGUUUUCUAUGUAGAUAUGACUCUAAAUAUAUUAUACAUACAUGAUGUUAAAACAAGCAGUGUAAUGACUACUCAUGCAAACUUAUUGUCUAUGUACUUUAGCUAGUACGGUGUAUAUCAAUUAUGUUUUAAUGCAAUAAAUAUGUUUUCAUUAAA